UUCAGCGGUGUUAGCUUGUCAUCCCCUCCCUCUUUGGCUUCCCAGACACUGAGUCUGGAAUGAAAAUUCACCUGCUUCUGAGUUGGCUGCUGGGAGGGGCAGGGGUGUUACUUGGGCUCCCAGGUUGGAAGAUUAUCUCACCCGGCCCAAGCUAUAUAAGCUGACCGGUGUGGAGAGCCUCCGCAGGGCUGACUCCAGGGGUUCCUUCCACAGGAGAAAAACACACAGACGUGCUGCACCCAACAUGAUGAUGCUGAAAGUAGAAGAGCUGGUCACAGGGAAGAAGAACAGCAAUGGGGAGGCAGGGGAAUUCCUUCCUGAGGAUUUCAGAGAUGGAGAGUAUGAAGCUGCUGUUACUUUAGAGAAGCAGGAAGAUCUGAAGACACUGCCAGCCCACUCCUUGACCCUGGGGGAACAACAGUGGGAAAGGGAGAAACAACGAGAGGCAGAGCUCAAAAAGAAAAAACUAGAACAAAUAUCAAAGCUUGAAAAUUUAGAAGACCUUGAACUAAUCAUUCAACUGAAGAAAAGGAAAAAAUACAAGAAAACGAAAGUUCCAGUUGUGAAGGAACCGGAACCCGAAAUCAUUACAGAACCUGUAGAUGUGCCUAGGUUUCUGAAGGCUGCUCUGGAGAAUAAACUGCCAGUAGUAGAAAAAUUCUUGUCAGACAAGAACAAUCCAGAUGUUUGUGAUGAGUAUAAGCGGACAGCUCUUCAUAGAGCAUGCUUGGAAGGACAUUUGGCAAUUGCGGAGAAGUUAAUAGAAGCUGGAGCCCAGAUCGAAUUCCGUGAUAUGCUUGAAUCCACAGCCAUCCACUGGGCAAGCCGUGGAGGAAACCUGGAUGUUUUAAAAUUGUUGCUGAACAAAGGAGCAAAAAUCAGCGCCCGAGAUAAGUUGCUCAGCACCGCGCUGCACGUGGCGGUGAGGACCGGCCACUACGAGUGUGCGGAGCAUCUCAUCGCCUGCGAGGCGGACCUCAACGCCAAAGACAGAGAGGGAGAUACCCCCUUGCAUGACGCCGUCAGACUGAACCGUUACAAGAUGAUCCGACUCCUGAUUAUGUAUGGCGCGGACCUCAACAUCAAGAACUGUGCUGGGAAGACCCCGAUGGAUCUGGUGCUACACUGGCAGAAUGGAACUAAAGCAAUAUUCGACAGCCUCAAAGAGAACUCCUACAAAACCUCUCGCAUAGCUACAUUCUAAGGGAAACGACAGACUUUGAUCAGUAGCUGUUCACUCGCAUUUUGAAGGCACAGCCCGCGAAAGAAGAGCAACUAGCCAUAAAAUCUAAUUUCUGCUUAUCAACAUGUUGUGAAGAUGUACCUAAUGAAGUUUCGAGAAAGCACUUGGGUUAUAGGUAUUUAAAUUUCUGUUAGCAAAACUCACUCCAUUUAUUUUUAUUUACUCCUGUUUACUUAUUUAUUAACUUCUAUGAUACUGAUAUUCAGACCUUCCUAAUCAUCCAUUUGGUGAGCAAAGCUUAAUUUGUAUAACACUUUCGGAGCCUUCCCAUAGAUAGCUCUUAAAUCAGGUGAAUGAGCAACGCUCUAAGUGCCUACUUGGGUGUCACUUCACUCAGGUAAGAUAUUUUAAGGUGUUUUUAAAAGACAAAGGUGAUUAUUGCAACCCUCUUUGCUCUUGAAUUUUUAAUGCCGAAGUUUGAAUGAAGCAAGGGAAGGCAUGUAGUGACAGGAAAGGAAACAAUGGAAUGAAAGUGAUUCCGUGAGGACAGUGAAGUCAGCCAUAUUACCCCUGGGCCUGGUUUUGUUUUGUUUGUUACUAAGUCACACAGGGUACCCAGGUGAGGAGACGUAAUGAGUUUAAGCACAGGGCAGUGGCGGGAGCAGCCAAUGGGGCCAGGCAGAAUUGAAUUUGUUCAGAAAAGACAAAA